AUGAGCAUAGUUCAAUGCUACUUGGAAGUGUGCAAGGUCCAACGGGUGCCGCUGGACGGCCUACGUAAGUUUAGUGCGCGAGAAAUAUUUCUUGCACGAACAGCCAAAGCUUUCGAUGCUGCACAAUUGGACGGGACACUAAAUGGCAUAAGAAAUUGA